GCGCGCACGCGAGGCUAGGCGGUGCUGCUGGGUUGCGCGGGUCUGUAAACAGGGGCUGGCCACGCAGGGCUGGGUGUGAGACCGUGUCCCCGGGUGUCACCAGCACGCACACACAUAGGACCUGCUUCGACGUGCGUGUCAUGGCUUAAAAAUAGCUGCGAUCCUCCAGCGCGCAGGGCUGCGGCGCGGCGGCAGCGGGGACGGCGCGGGAGCCAAGGCCAUGGGCGCCGGGUUGCGGGCGCCCGCAGGCCGCGGGAUCUGACACCCUCGCCAGCCGGGAGGACCUGCUUUCAGGUGGGCAGGAACGCAGUCAGCUGCUCUGGACUCACCCAGGUGUGCCUGACACCCCUUCUGUCUCCAGCAACAGUGACCUGGUAACUGACUUCAUUGUCACUGAAGCCGCUGCACAACUGCCACAGUUCCUGCCACCUCAAAGAUGUGCCCCGGGAACUGGCUCUGGGCCUCCAUGACUUUUAUGGCCCGCUUUUCCCGGAGCAGCUCAAGGUCUCCUGUUCGCACUAGAGGGAGCCUGGAAGAGAUGCCUACGGUUCAUCAUCCCUUCCUCAAUGUCUUUGAGUUGGAGCGGCUCCUCUACACAGGCAAGACAGCCUGUAACCAUGCGGAUGAGGUCUGGCCAGGCCUCUACCUCGGAGACCAGGACAUGGCCAACAACCGCCGUGAGCUUCGUCGCCUGGGCAUCACCCACGUCCUCAACGCCUCACACAGCAGGUGGCGAGGCACCCCUGAGGCCUAUGAGGGACUGGGCAUCCGCUACCUGGGUGUUGAGGCCCAUGACUCUCCAGCCUUUGACAUGAGCAUCCACUUCCAGACAGCUGCAGACUUCAUCCACCGGGCACUGAGUCAGCCAGGAGGGAAGAUCCUGGUGCACUGUGCUGUGGGAGUGAGCAGAUCUGCCACCCUGGUGCUGGCCUACCUCAUGCUGUACCAUCACUUCACCCUUGUGGAGGCCAUCAAGAAAGUCAAAGAUCACCGAGGCAUCAUCCCCAACCGGGGCUUCUUGAGGCAGCUCCUGGCCCUGGACCGUAGGCUGCGGCAGGGUCUAGAGGCAUGAGGGGAGGGGAUGUCAGGCCAGGCCCAUGGGUGGGUUCCUGGCUCCCACCUGGACAGAGAAGACCCAGGUGGCAGGUAGUGGAAAGACCAGACAACCCAUCCUCCUGUGACGGCAGGAGAGUGAAGGGCCCCAAGGCCACUGUGGCUCCUUGUGGGAGGGGAUGAGGAGCCAGGCUGGGCAGUGUGGUAGGCAUUGGGGUCUUGUGGUAUGCAUUGAUCAGGGAAGGAAGCAGCUGGACUGAAGGUGCAAGAUGGCACUCAGUUCCAGCAAGGUGUGCCCAGUGACUCAAAACCCUUCCCCUCUUUGUGCUCUAGUGUUCCCCUCUCACUUCCCAAAAUAAAAGGGCCAUUGCUGUCCUGUACCUGAGCAGGGAGUCUGGGAUGCAGCAGGCAUCGAUGUGGAUGGAGGUGUAGAGGUUGCAGAAAAUAGUGCAGAGACAGAUGAGGAUGGGAGGAAGCCACAAAACCAGAGGGAGAAACCCACAAACUUGUUACUCUACAAACAGGAAGAGGAGGCCUGUGAGCACGGGGCCCAGGGGAGCAGGUGCAUGAUUGGGCGUUGUUAAAUGGUCACUUGCUCACUGGAACCAGGUGUCUAGAGUGAAAAUAAACAGGUGGUAAAGAAGGCAUCUUGACA